AUUGAAUUCGAUUUGAUGUGAUAAACUGCAAUAAAAACUUUUUUUUCUGAAAGUAUUUUGGUUUCACAAUCAUUUUCCAAUAAUAUAUGUUAACAUCGUCUAUGUGAAAUACGUAUUAAUUGUCUGUAGGUACCUACGCACUUUGGAUGUACCUAUACCGUAUGGAUGUGCGAUUGUGCAGUGAAAUAGAAAAAUAACAAUAUCCGUGACAGUUGGAAAGACAUUCUGUCCCCGACAAUACCAUCUACAAAAACAAAUUUAACGUACUUUUGUGGUAGAAAAAAAAACAUUUUUGUAGUGUCAAUAUUAUUAUGCCCAUUGAACUGUCGUGUAAUAAUAAUUGUGUGUAGGUACCUACAAAUGAUAUUUAUUUUACUAGAUAUCAUCAUUAUCGCGUGUGUGGGGGAUACUAUUUUUACACAAAAUCAUAAUUAUUAUUUUCUUUGGCGGCAACAACCUACUGGUAAAAUGUAAAAAAUGAUUUUAAAAAAAACAUCAUCGUCCACCCCCCCCCCCCACCGUUAAUCAUCGGUACCUAUAAUAUAUCUAAUGUCAGUUAUAAACCGCUUCCGGAUCAGCACGCACACUUCGUUCGAUACAUAUUAACGCAUCACGCCAAUAUAAUAUUAGACAUUUUGUCACGAGCACCACCGGACUAGCCUUAAAAACCCGCAAAACGGAAAUUUUUUUACGACCGCGUCUAAUGCGUCCGAACGAUCUAAUCGCCGAUUCCCGGCGAAAUAUAUUAUUAUACGAGGUAAGUCCCCGAACAACAAUUGAUAUUUGCAUAAUACUUUGUGCAAAUUACAAUGAAUACGUAGUAUAUAUAGUAAGUUGUACAACUGCAACGGCAGCGGCGUCAGUAUAUUAAUGUACCUACCUAUUAUUAUCAUCAUCAUCAUCGCGAUACCAGCUUUAUGCCUUACCGGCUAAAUUAUGUAUAGUGCCGCGAACAAUUAUUAUUAUUAUUAUUAUUGUUGUUGUUGUUGUUUAUUAAACGAGUGGUUAUUGCGAGAUAAAUAAAAAAAAAUUGUUACGUACUUACGUGCGCUUCGACUCGCUGCCCAUAGGUUAGGCAUAUACCUACUUAUACGUAUAAAUGUAUAAUAUUAUUAUGUCUGUACGAUAAAUCGUGCGAUUUGUAAUGAAAGUCGUUCACCGCACACGAAAAACGCGGUAUCAAAACCGAAAUGAUAUAUAUUAAAUUAUAACGUUUCGGCCGCGCGAAUAAUAAUCAUACGAGAUAAUAAUAAUAUUAUUAUUAUAAUACCUAUCGUAUCCGAGAUACACCGUGUUAUUAUAUUAAAAUCGCAUAGACGCGACUAGAGCUGUUGUAUUACUUAGGGUGCUGAAAUUUCACUCAUAAUAAUAUCAUAUUAUGUACAGUACGCAGUCGUACACUACACUGCACACCCGCGGCGGCUACCAAACGCCUUCUUAACACCUACCUACCCAUACAUUAUAUUAUUAUUAUUUAAUACGUCAUCCGUUUUUAACUCGUAAGACACGGCACACAGAUUUCGUGUUUUUUUUCUUUUUUUUUACCGCUCGGGUCAAACGAUAUUAUUAUUAUCAUUUUUUUUUUUUUACACGAGCCAGACAGAUCAUGUCAUUUGGUCGUAUAAUUAUCAUCAUCAUCAUCAUCGCAGCAACACAGCUGUUUUACGUAGACAUGUUUUCGAGAAGGCCCUACAACAUCAACACUAUCUAUAUAGGUAUUAUAAUAUACCUGCACGACGUGGUGUUGCGUCUGCACAAAGUUAAUUUUCUUUUUCUCUAAGCCAUUUCCAUAUUAUGUACCUAUAUAACAUGUGUAUGGUUUCAGAAUCGCCGUUCGAUGUCGUCGUAUGUCGUCGUUCUGGGCUUAGUAUCGACGUUAUCGGUGACGACUACCGUCGGACGACUCGAGCCGAUACGUUUCAGUGGCGGCGGCAAUUUAAGUAGCAUGCAACUAUAUAAUACGACCACAACGACCACGGUCGGCGGCAUAAUCUCAUCGUUCGAAAAUGGUUCGUCGUCGCUGGGCAGAGGGGUGAUGGUAGUGGCGAUCCACUGGUCCGGAAGUGGCAGUGGCGUCGACGAAGAAGUACCGUACGGGUUCUUGCGGACUCUGCAGGCCCGCUACGAGCAACCCGUGUACGCGGUCGAUCUGGACCGUCUGCUGUCCGACGGCCGUCCGCGCGACACUGACGGCGGAGACGGCGCGCUCCCCGAGCCCUGCCGACGUCCCGUCGACCGCGGUCUGGGGUCCCUGUUACCGCUGCGGUCCCGGUACGUGGUCCUGUUCCGCGGUAUCGCGCCGCCGGCCUGGGACCCGGACCCGUUCGUCGAACUGGCCCAACUCAACUACACGUUUUGGGACGUGGACGUGUACUACCUGAUCGUCGUCGACAACGGUUUCGACCCUGCCAUCCGACAGAUGGUGUACGGCUUGUGGCGCGACCUCUCCAUUUACAAGUAGGUGUGCGAUCGCGGUUCGACUGGCAUAUUAUAUUUUUAAUCGAAGCGCAGCGUAGUUAUAACUGCAGCGGUGGCUGCAAGUACGUAUUACAGUUAUAUCGUUGGUUCCCAGCAUUAUUAGUUUCCUGGUUGAUCACAGGGAACAUUCGAAUCGGUUCCGAUGAGCUUUCAUAAUGAUAAUUAUAUACAACCGUGUUAAAUUAACUUUCAAAUUAAUAUGCUAUUAUAUACUCAACCAACAAUUUUCUCCCCGUUUUACACAGACUUGGGACUGUCUAAAAUACCAUGGUAUGAUCAAAAGUGUUUUCAUUGUCAGUUUAUAUACAUUAUAAUAUACGCUACGCGGCUACGGAUUAAUUGUCAACCAUAAUUAUAAUAAAUCAAUAAUAUGGUACCAUAAUAAGUGAGUUUAUUACAAUAAAGAAUAUUAAAAAAAAAAAAAAAAUGUGGUAUGAAUUUACAACAUACCUAGAUUUUUGACGAAUAUUGCAAGUUCAAAAAUUGGUAGUCGUUCAAUUUUUUUAUAUUGUCACCAAUCGACUUUUCCUUUUUUCCAACCUAUUGACUAUCAUAGAUAAUAUAAUAAUAAUAUAAUAUUUUAUAAACGCUCCCGGACAUUGUAUAACCUAAUAAAAUAUCGUAAGAAUACCGAUUUGUACAUAAUAUGGGAACCAAUUCACACAGAGUCGUAUACCUUAUAAUAUUAUGAUAAGUAAUUUUCGUCGGGAACUAAUUUGCACACAUUAUUCGCCUCGGGAACCUGCAAUUCCGUAUUACUCGCAUUAUAUCGUCGUAUAAUAUUAUAAUCAUGUUCGGACGAAUUGAUUAUUAUUUGACCGGCGCGGCGACGCGCCAGAAGUUUGUUAGGUAGGUAGGUAUAUAGUUAUCAGGUAUGUACAUUGUACACGCGCGUAUUACAUAUUAUUAUUAUACUUACCCAUACAAUAUCCCGGGGUGGGUGGACGCACGCGUAUAUUAGUCUCGUCGCCGGGGACUUAAUUGAUGAGUUCAUGGGAGGUUUGUCGAAACGCCAUAAUACGUUAUAUAGUGUACGUAGGUACCUAUAUACCGCCCGACGACGACCGAUGGUGGGCCGGUGCGAACGUAGGUAUAUAAUAUAUACAUUAUGUGUGUAAUAUUAUGGUACAAGUAUACUGCAGCAUAGGCACGAGGGAAAUUAAUGACGCGAACGUAUUACUACUAUUAUAGUAUACCUAUCUGUGUAUAAUGUUAGAUGGUAUUAUUAUGUAUAUAGUAAAAGAGAAAACCGGAAUAUUAAAUAUUAUUAUCGUCGUUUCGGAACGGGCGCGAAACGAGGAUAUGAUUAUUAUAAUGCCCGGCGCGACGACAAACCGAAUACUGCACAGUAAUGAUAAUAUAAAUAUGCCUAGAUAGGGCCGACUUUAGGUUUUUCGUCACCGCCCCGGGCCAACGUUAUUAAAGCCCUUAUUUGCAAAAGUUAAUUUUUAGGGUGGAUCAGCAGGGUUCGUUUGCAAUUUGCCACGCCGCCCAUAAAUUGGUGCCGCCUUAGGCUCAGCUGCCUAUUUUGCUACCGCGUCAGACCUGAACCUAGGUACUAUACACGGUAUUCCACGGCAGUAUUAGAAUUAUUGGUUCCCAUUUAGCCGACGCGGUUCCCAUUUGAAAAAAGGUAUACCUGUUUUAUUAAGGUGAGCCGAAUUGGUUUAAAUGUAUGACGAUCCCACUAUUCCCACUACUGGUCGAGUUGCCUCUAACUUUUUAAUCACGCACAAUAAUUCCUUUUUUGACUUUCGGGCUUAAGACUUUCAACUUAAAAAUAUAAAUAAGGUAUGGUUAAAAAUGUUCCUUAACGAUCGUUAAAGUGGAAUACGUAAACCAGUCAAAAACUUAAAUGGAAUUUGCUACCUCUAACUGUAACGUGCUGUAGCACAUUUUUUUACACCACCUAAUUUAUAUUUUGUAUAAAUAAUGAAAUUAUAAUAUAUGAAUAUUAUAUGGUUUCAUAUUGUGAAAAAUUGCUUGAAAACUCAAACUAUUUGAACCAAACAGAAACGGAAACCAAUAUUCGACUCGUCUUGAUAAAAAAAAUAAAUACCUUUUUCGAACGGGAACCGAUUCAAUACAUGUGGGGUAGGGGCUCGGGAACCAAUUCGGUACCAGCCCGGUAUAAUAUUAUACAGUUAAACCCAAGGCGCAGGAAGCGCAGCCGCAAGAGUAUUAUAUUAUGAAUUAAUAUAAUAUUAUGAAACGAGCUGCACGACAAUAAUAUGCGACGGGUACCUCGGAUGCUUAGGUAGGUGUAUACUGUAUAGAUAGGUUAUAGCUGGUAGGUCGGUAUAUACCCAUGCGCGGCGUUUGUAGGUAUCAUACCUCAUUAUUAUACCUACUUCCUUUUACCCAUCCGGUGAAAACGCCACGACGGAACGCCGUUUUGCGGUAGAUGCGCUAUAAAUUAAAUUCCUUAACGAUGUGGCGUAUAAGACGCUCUCGCGGUAUAUUAUGCGCUCAUGGCACCAGUUCGUGAGUAAUGUGUUCCGCAACGUACACACGUAGGACGUCUAUAACGUGCCUGUUUUUUUCUUCUUUCGUCUUAGCAGUUUAUCCCGCUCGGUCGUACUAUGUCGUCGUCGUCACGUCCAAUGAAAAAUGUAUUGUAACAUAGUUUAUAUAAUAUUUAAAUAAAUGAUAAUUAUAUUUUCGACAUCUGCAAUGCUCAAAUCGUUGGGGGUGCCGUGGAGGUACAGAAUUAAAAAAAAAAUUAUUAUUAUUAUUAUUAUUAUGCGUAUAUCCCUUAUUAUCAUUACGAUAUAAUGAUAUAAUAUUACAAUCGGAAUAAGAUGUUUAAAAUAUAUUCGAGUAAACACAUUUGUUCGACACGUCUUAUGCAUACCCUUUUACCCUUUCCAAUCGUUUGCCACAUCUGCAGGGGAUAUUCUGAAGGGAUAAGAAUUUAGAAUUCGUCGACGUUAUUCUUUUAAUGUCCGAAAACACAAACGUACGUUUUAGUCGUAUGUGCCGUUGAAAUCGUAUUUACGGGUUUUCUGUUUCUAUAUAUAGGUACCUACGACAAAUUAUUAUUUUAUUGUUUGAGUCGAUUCUGUUUGAAAAUAAUAGGGAGGUUGACUGGUUGUCGUCAGAAUAUGUCACAGUAUUAUUCCGAGUCGAGCCAUUGAGCUGGUUAUUGAGUAUAGGAAAUUAUCCAAUAAGGGCAUUGUAUAAUAAUAUAAUGGCAAUCUGACAAAGAAUAAUUUAAGAAAACGACAACUUUAAUAUAUUUUCGUUUUCUAUAUGUCUGUUCUCGUAAAAUAGACUGAAUACUACAUAAUAUAUAUUUCGUCAUGGCAAACUCAGUUGGUUUUACUAAAGGAACUUAUGGAAUUUUUCCGGAUUUGGUUCUUAAAAAUAAAAAUUUCGAUUUUGCGAUUCUUAAAAUGUUAAAAAACAGAACGUUCCGGUUCCCUUGACGGCGAUGUAGUUUCAAUCUCUGAAGCUGACCUAAUCCGACGUGUAGACACCGCUGCGACUUAAAUUUAAUCACAAUAUUAUACAACACUCGGACGUGAAAAUUCGAGAUUCGUGAUCUUUAUAUUUUAUUAAUUUAAUUAAUAUUAUGCGCUAUUUUAUACGCCUGUGACCAUAUAAUAAUAGUAAUAAUAAUAAUACUAUCAUUGAUUGAGCGCAUACCUAAUUAAUCUUCCCUCCCCUCACCCAGGAUAAUCGUGGUGACGCCAACCGUGAUCAAAAUCCUCGAUCCGUUCGUCCGCAACGCGGUCGAGGGCCGGUUCUUGAACGUACCACCGCGGUCGCUGAAACGGGUACCCGGUAUACUCCAUUCGCGGAUCGGUAACCUGCGGCGAUUCCCGCUGCGGUUCGUCAUCAACAAUCGGAUGCCCACGGUGAUCGCGACGACGGGCGGCACGUACGUCGGCCAGGACGGCACGUUCGCCACGGUGCUGGCCGCCAAAAUGAACGCCACGCCGGUUUACAUUUCCGAGCCGUCCGCCAACGGAAAGAUCCAUUACGGGUACAGGCGGAGGGCCGGCCGGGCGUACGGCACGUUCGCCGGUGUGAUCGGCGGCCAGGCCGACGUCUCGGUCAACGGACACUUUCUGAAAGACUACAACUGUUACUUGGCCGAGCUCACCAGACACAUAACCAGCGACAAGGUGUGUUUGCUCGCGCCCAAGGCCGGCGUCAUCCCGCCGAUGAUGACCGUGUUGAUGAGCUUCCAGAGAGAAGUGUGGAUGAUGACUGCCAUCACGUGCGUACUGGUUACCGCCAUAUACUUCGCGGCCGCGGCGUUGGACACUCACAGGCCCGGACCAACGGGAUCCGACUUGGGGCUGGAGAUAUACAGGAUGUUCAUCGGCGCACCGACCAACCGAGUUUUCGCUCUAUCCUGUCGCAGGAUAUUGACUUCGUUCUGUCUGUUUUUUACCCUUGUCAUCUUGAACGCUUUCCAGGGCUCACUGGUGACGUUCUUGAACACUCCGAUGCACUAUCCCGAUGUCAAUACGUUCACCGACCUGAAACAGUCGGACUUGCCGAUUCGGACGUCCAGCAUCAGCUUCAAGGAAAUACUCACCGGAGACCCAAACUUGAAGUCUCUAGCCUACCGAGUCGAGAAGUGGGAAAAAGAAGUAGACAUACAUAAUUCUGACGGCAAGUUCGCCGGGUUCGAGCGCGUUAACGUCUUCAAUUUGGAACAUUUCAAAGAUGUUCUGUUCAUCGCCAACCGGAACAACACUCGCGUACUGCACACAAUGAACGAGUGUCUGAUAUCGUACUUUAUAUCAUACGUAGUUCAUAGGAAUUCGCCGUAUAAAAGAAGAAUAAAUAUCUUGCUGUCGUGGAUCGAUCAGGCUGGACUGGUACUCAAGUGGAACGGUGACGUUUCCAAGUACAUAUUUAAUAAAUACAAGCCAAUCAAUCCCAAAGAUUACGAUACUUCGAAAGUUUUUUCUGUCAGAGAUCUCGAAAUAGCAUUCAUUGUAUUAUCAUUCGGAAUUAUCUUGAGCAUUACUGUAUUUAUCAUUGAAAUGAUGAUUAAGUACAAAGCACAGAAAAUGCACACACCACACCCUCCUCAUUUUCCAUUCUUACAUUAAUACACUGCCAUUAAUCAACGUAUAAUAUUAUGAAUUAAUACUUUCUACUUUAAUACAUAAUAAUAUUUAAAAGUAUUUUUCAUUUCGUUUUAACUAUUAUUGUCGAUAUAAAAAACUAUUACUAUAUAGUACAGUUUAUAGAAGCACUUUUUGAGCUAAAAUUAAUAGAAUAUUUACGCGUACAGAUCAAAAUAUAUGUGUAUUUGAAUAGUCUUCUUAUUUCUAUGGAUUUUUUUUAAUAACAUGUAAUUAAUUCUGAAUAGUUUCUUGAAUAAAUUAAUUAAAAAUUUAAAAAUGUAAAAAAAAAAAUGUAUAUUAAUGUAUACGUGUGUUAAACAUAUGUAUAUUUUAUAAUUUUAUCUAAUAAAAUCUAGUAAAAGUGAAGUUAUUUGGUAUGUUAAAAAAUUAAAAAAAUUAUUUUCCCAUAAUAGUGUUUAAUUAUGUCUAAAAAACAAAACGACAAGAAUGAUUCAAUUCUGGACAAAAAAUAGAAAAUAAACUAAUUUUACGAAUAAAUUUUAAACAAUUACUGUACAAAUUCUGCCUUUCCUUUUUCAUAUAAUCUGCUGGGCAUAUUUUUAAUUGGUCAAGAAAUAUUGCCCGCGGCUCUCAAAUAGUAGUUUGGUAAGAAAUCAAGUGUUUAACGUGAAUGGGUGCAAACAAAAAUCUAAAAAUAAUUGCUUUUGUAGGUUAUAUGAAUGAUGAAACAUACUUAUUUACAUUAUGAUGUGAUUCGUUAGUCUUGUGAUAUUACAUAAUUGUCCCUAUUAUUAAGUAUACAUACAUAAAAAUAGCUUCAAGUUCGAAUCUUGAUGGUCGUUUAGCAAAUAUGUAGGUACAAGUUAGUGCCGUCCGUCAGUACAGCGGUCAAAACAAUGUCUUAAAUUAAUAAUAUUAUAUCAUAAUUUAAUGCUCAUUUAUAUUAUAUUUUAUUGAUUUCAUAAUAAAAACAGUAAACUCAAUACCAUCGCCAUUGAUCAGAUUCAAAUUUCCGAUGAAAACAGUUUGGUUAUUACCUAAUUAUUUUUUUGACGGUUACACCAACAUCGGUAAUAAUAAUUUGUGCGUAUGAUUAUUUUACCAUUGCAAAAACAAAUCAUCGAAAAAUCUAUUUGGAAACGAGAACUGCACCAACGCAUAAUUCAAUGGUCAUUAGUUACUCUUAUUAUUAAUUUAUAUGCGUAGGUAUCUGGUAUACCUAUAUAGGUACGUGUGUAACAUUACCCAAUUAUUAUUUUUUUAAAUUCAAUUUAACAUCGCUUUUAUUUAUUAUACACCAUCGUCUUAGCGCGUAUAUCAAACUUUCAUCGAACAAUAAUUAAAAUUGUCCAUACAAACAAUGCGUUUAACAGAAUAUGUUUACAUUAAUUCCGUAUAUUGUGUACACUGCCUAUAUCAUAUUAUUAUUAAUAUUAUUAUAUUAGCUAUAUAAGGCGCUGUUUAUCCACUGAAUAUAAUAAUAUAAUAUUACUUUGGUGUUUUGUUACUCUCCAAUUUCGUACCGUUGAAAGCCCCCGAGUAAAACGCCUUUCUACGAUAAACACUACAAUAAUACAUAAUGUAAUAAUAUAAUAUGUGUACCUAUAUUAAAUCGGGUCCCGUGCCGUAAUCCAUUAUUUUCAUUUCGAUUCGCGUUUACAAGCGGCGUGGCACAGGUCGCAAACGCGGUCGUCUAUAAAGAUCAUAAAUAAUCAAACUCGUUGGAUUGUCGCGGCGAACAUAUAAUAUUAUUAUAGGUAGGUUAGGUACCUAUACGUACUCAACUCACCACACGUAUUAUAUGCGUAUAAUAUGUGUAUGUGUCUACCUUUAUUCGUAUUGUAUAUAAAUAUGUGUGUGUGAAGAAAAAAAUCUUAACUCGUGGUAGUUACGUCUUUAUCUUUGCCGGUCGAUCGUUGCAAUAAAUUUCCGUGCCGGGCGCGAGCAGCACGCGACGCAGUUUCUCAAAAGCGCACAAGCGUUUUCACGCGCGCCGCGAUAGUAAUAAUAAUAAUAAUAAUUAUAUAGUAAACCUGAUCGUACUUACACGACCGUUCCUUAUCAACAAACCAUGUGCAGAACAAUGCAUGCGCUGCACGAAAAUCCUGCUGCACCCAGAGCAGUAGAUAUUAUAUUGUAGUAAAAUCGAAUAAAAAACGCAUAUUUUGAUGUUAUUAUCGUCUUUGCAAUAAAAUAAUAUUAUAUCAUGUGUCCACAGAAACAGCACUAUAACUACUACUAUAACUCGUAGGUUACUUAUCCCACCCAGAAGUCAAUACGACACAGUGGCGUAGACGUGAUUUCUGAAAGGGGGAUAAAAAAAAGAAAACGACAUUGCUAAAUGUGGAGGGGAAAAUUGGAAAAUUCCCCACCCUCUCAAAACUUUUUACAUAAUUUGAGUUGAUUCAAAAUUAUC